UGGCUGGUAACUUGUAACUUGGAAAGGUGCCAAGGAUGGAAAUCAUUGAACAGAGAUGAAAUUAUUUUGCCCAGUGUUUGACUAUAUUGGGCACCGUCUGGAAGUCUGUGCUAAUUUAGUGUCAUUGGUUUGGAUUCUGCAUGUACUAAGGAACUGGACAGCUGAUUUGUGUUUCUUGUUGGAGUUUCUACGAUAUGAGAAUGGAAGGGAGAAUUGCAUGGAGUGAUGAAAUGUUUGCCAGUUCACUGCAGAAAGGAGGCCACACCUCAAGAUUGUCCUGCAUGCUGAUCGGCUGUGGAUUUAUGGAGGGGCCUGGGCGCACCUUUGAGCACUGCCACGCGCAACAUUCCACCCGUUGAGAGAGGACAGUGCCCUGCCCAAACCUGGCCCAGACCCCUUGGGCUUCACCAUUCAGAUAUCCUGUGGAUGGCUAUUGAAGUCAAAGGAAAACUUCUGCUGGCAGUUGCCCCAUCCUGAGCAGCCCCGGGCUCCCAUCACUGCCCCCAAAUAUUUUACAUAUCCAGAUGGGGUAACGUGACAGCCCAAGAGGAACACCAGCGGUUUCGCUGAAUGCAGAGGCCUUUCUAACAAGACGAGAACGAAGAAGGGAAGCUGGGCGACACUGAAGGACGACUACUUAAAAUGCACACUACGGAUUUUUUUUAAAAGAGAAAAAAGUAUUACUCAGCAUCAAGCACAGGGUUCUUUUUUCUAAUUGGAGGAUUUAGAGAAUCCAACAUUACUCUAUUUGCACAACGUUUGUAUUGAUUGAGGGGAAAGAAAGUCUUGUCGAACUCUCAUAACUUUGUUCUCCUUUCGCUUUGCAAUUCAUUUUUUCUCGGGAGGUGGUUUUGUUUUUUUGACCCAGCCCCUCCAGUCAAUCUUGUUUUGUCUCCACCAUGGCCCGCAUGAACAGGCCUGCACCUGUGGAAGUGUGCUACAAGAAUAUGAGGUUUCUGAUAACCCACAACCCAACCAAUGCCACACUGAACACUUUCAUUGAGGACCUGAAGAAAUAUGGGGCAACCACAGUUGUGAGAGUGUGUGAAAUAACAUAUGACAAGACUCCACUGGAAAAGGAUGGCAUUAAAGUGAUGGACUGGCCAUUUGAUGACGGAGCUCCACCGCCCAACAAAAUUGUGGAUGACUGGCUCAACCUGCUGAAGACCAAAUUCUGUGAAGACCCCGGCUGCUGUGUCGCUGUCCAUUGCGUAGCUGGCCUGGGACGGGCUCCGGUUCUUGUUGCGCUGGCCCUGAUUGAGAGCGGGAUGAAAUACGAAGAUGCCAUUCAGUUCAUUAGACAGAAGCGCCGAGGAGCCAUCAACAGCAAGCAGCUGACUUACCUGGAGAAAUACCGACCCAAGCAGCGUCUGCGUUUCAAGGAUCCCCAGAACCACAAGAAUAAAUGCUGCAUUAUGUAACCUCAGUGAUGUCCCCUUGCUGCAACACACCCAAGGGGAAGACAAAACCAUGCCACACACAAAUGCACAGGGCUUGACUUCUGAAGUUGCAAAGGACUUUUUGCCACAACUUUUCCUUUGAGUUUCCCCAAGGAAGAGGAGAGCUGAGUGUCCCCUUGUUGGUUUCAAAGGCUCGAAAUGACAGCAUUUUUUCCCUUCUUUCCCCAAAUAUUUGUCUUGUCAAAAGCUCUUUGUAAUGACAUCAACCUGCAAUGCAAUAACUCUUCAGUGUCCUCUUUCUCUAGAAAACUGAUCAAUGAAUGAACUAACUAAAGUAGAUACAGUAGGGUUGGGAGGCCUGUAGUUAAGCCCACUUAUUUCUGGGCAGAGAGAAAUCUAGAUACACAGAGAAGCAAAGUUGGUUGGGCUACAAAGGGCGCUGUGCUGUGCUUGGUUGGUUUUCAUGCUUGAAGAGGUAGCUGUGGCAUUCUUUCUUGCAAGAGUUGUGAGGAUUCAGCCAAUCCAUUGAACAGAUGAGAAGUCACCCGUUCUGUUUAAGUAAAUCCAGUGGUGUGCUUUACACAUCAUGAUCCCCCUCCCCUCCAGCUGUGUGCCGUUUCUCCAUGCACAUCACACUGCACUUGGCUCUAGCCCAUGAAGUCAUAAAAUUCCCACUGAUUCCAUAAGUGUGCUAUCUUUGGGUGUCUUGGGGACGAAUGUGGUUGAUGUUGAAGUUGGGGGCAGGGUUGGAGGAGGUGGUCUCUUGAAGUGAGAACUGAAGGGUUCAAGAAGGUAUGGAAUAAGGUUUGGGAACUGGAAACAGGAAUAGGAUGAGGGAGUGAUUGGGUGUGCGGAAUGGCACUUGAUUUGGAAAUCUCAUUUGACGGGAUUCCUGCCAUCAUUUGGCCACAGUAGGUUCAGACAGGUUGAAUGGCUCCGUGCAUUUUGAGGAAGAAGGAACAGAGCACUUUGACUUCAUGGAACUAGAGGUAACUCCGUUUUUACUAGUUUCUCAAAUGUGUGUGUAGUACAUUUUUGUACAUACUUCCUCACCACUCCUGCUCUGCAUUUACCCACUUCAGGCCUGGUUACUUGUGAGACAGAUUACAGCCUCUCACUUGUAGUUCUUUGACUUGGGUCUGUCCUCUUAUCACAGUGAGCAGUCAUAUACGUCCAAUAGCCAGCAACUAUGUUUUAUCCAUGGAAACGUAUAUGCCUGCAGGGGGUUGGGGGCAUCUCCUGGUCCCACAGACAGACCAAGACUUGUUUCUGCUAAGCCAGAGGAUCUCCUGAGUCAGCACAGUUUGUCAGCUGCAGUUGAAUUCAUGAAGUAGUUGAGACUUCUUAUCUGUCCUUCUGUUUAUAUCUAUUUUUAUUGCUGUCUGGUUUUUAUGCAAACUGAUAAGCAUCUUGAGAGUUGUGGGUAGAAGGGCAGGAAAUGAAAUUUAGAAAUGGAAAAUAAGAAAUGUUUCAUCAAACCCUGAAAUAAAUCCAUCCAGUAAAAAUUCAAAGAGGGCGGGGAAGCUGGUGGUCUUCUUUCCUUGGAGAGCUGGCUCCUGUCUGCAUAUUUCAGGUGUGUGGCUGGAAGAAUGUUAUGGGAGAAAAUUCCCUGCACUUCUGAGUCCUGUCCUGGGUGUUACAGUCUGAGGCUAGAGAAUGGCAGCCCUUCCUGUAGGCCAGCUCAAGAAACAGACUCCACAAGAUUCAUUGGAACUCCACUGUAUGGAUGAGGGCCAUAGUAACAGAACUUCAGAUGCCUAACUACGUUUUCUCUUCCCUCCCUCUCAUAGAAAAGAGAGUUAAGGCAGAGCCAGUUUAAGUUCCUUUCUGACAUUGUCUUCCUGUCCCAGGCUUAAAUCCUGGUUUGCUAGCUGCUAUAACGUUCCUCCAAGAUCAUCUCUGGGGUCCUCUAUGGAGAAAGAGACAAAAGGAACCAGGAGGUUGGAAAUGGAGGCCUGAAAUUGAUAAGUAAGGUGUCACCCUCAGCUUUGGUUAUUUAGGGAUGAUCAGAUUGUCCUAGAAAGAUUUAUGAGCUUAGAUUCUGGAUGAAGGGUGCUCGUUUGGUUUGUGUUGUUAUCCCUGGGGAAGAGGACCAGUGAAUAAGUGAUAAGAGUUUGUCCACCUGCCUUGACCCCUACAGAGUUCUUGUGACUUUGAAGACAAGGAUUCAGCAAUUGGAGGGAGAAGAAGAGCUUGGCUCAUAGUUUUAUGUAGCUCUUUGUAGGUUGCAAGAGAGAACCAGAAGCUCCAAAACCAUUGUCAUCUCUUUUGUUUUCUCUCAAAGCACUUCUGUGUGUACUGCUGCAUAAAUUCUUGACUAAAAUUUCAAGAUGCUAGCUUGGCUUUGGGAUCUGUGGCUUGGCUUGUGAGGAGGAACAUCCUAUCCUGAAGUUUCCAUCGUUGCCCUAUUCUUUUUAAACAUGCUGCAAUGGUCCAUGGAGGAUCUUUCCAAAUCAUUGCAAAGCAGUGACCUUAAAAGAGUUGGGUUGAUUGAAGCCCACUGUAGACAAAUCUUGCGUUGGGGGUGGGCUGAAUUAACACAAGUCCAUCCACUUGUUCAUAAGGGGCUGGUUUGUCCAUCUAGUUAGAUACAGGCUAUUGUGAAUGUUGACUGUGAAUCAUAAUUUUGGAUGGAAAAAAUCAGAAGGAUUCUGGUAGCACUUUUUCCAAAUUUUAAAAAAUAUAUAUUAAAGGGUAUAAGCUUUAGUAAGCUACAGCUCACUUCAUCAGAUGCAUAAUUUUGGAUCGUGGUUUUUCCCAUUCUUGUUCAGUAAGAUACAGUAAUAAGGCAUAGCCAUCAGACCUAUCGGGAAUGGAGGUUCGAACUUUCUGCAUCGAAGGCACAUCCUUUUUUUACUGAGCUCUACAUGGUCUGCCUUAAGUGGUGCUCCAGAGAGGAACUCCUCCAGACUUCUUUGUAGAAGAGAUGGCUUCCUUGCAUCUCACUUUGGAAAGGAUUCUUGGCAAGGGAGCGGCCUCUUUUCCUUUCUCCAAAUUAUUGUAGAUUGUUCCAACAUAGCAUUGUAUUCAGGAGCAGGAAGAACCGUUCCUUCCAGCCUAGCAAAUCUGUUCAUAGAGAGGCCCACUGAUAUCAUUAAACCCAGCCCUAUUUGACGCAGGAAUCCAAACUGAAGCAUCCCAGACAGAUGAUUGUCCAUCUUCCACCUGAGCACAUCCAACAAAAGGGAGGCCACCACCUCUCUGGGACAUUAGUUCCACUGUUUUUACUGAUGAGACAUUUUUCUUCACCUUCAACCAGAAUGUGAACAAGUUAACCCUACUGUUUUUAUUUAGAGUUUUUAGCAGCUGUUAAAAUCUCCAAGAGUAGCCAUUCAUCUUUCAUAUGCCUCAAACUGUGGCCUCAGCUGCAUUAUGAAUGCACCAAUUGCCAAUGUAUGGAGGUGGAAGAAAACCUUCAAGUUACUUCUCCCCACCUGGGUCUUCCAUUCUCAAACUUGGUACCUUGACCUGAUUCUGUUGCCUGUUGAUCAAAGGGAGGGGGGAAGUAUCUGAGAACUAGUUGUUUGAAGACCAUGGUUUCAUGUGAGGAAGCAAACAGUGGUCUGGAUAACCACCAUUUUGUCUCUCCAGAGCCAUUCUCCAUCCAAUCUUCCCUGAUCAGGAAGCCAGGAUUUCUAAGCCUGUGCAGUUGCUGUGAUUUACUUCCGUUAGACUUGAACCCAGGCAAUGCUUCAGCCUGAGCAUGUGUGAAACAAGCAGUUCCUUGGGUGCAACUUGUUUCCUUUGCAGUAUAGGCAGAGUGUCCUUUGACCGUGUUCCUACCAGAGAUGGCUUGUUUUUGGCUGAACCUGGCAAUUUCCUUAUGUAGCUGUGGUGCAGCACUGAUGUUUGCAAGCAUGUUUAUCCAUUGUACACCAGGCCCUUCCUGCAUAAGGGGGGGAUCAGAGUCCUGGGUUCUGGCAGUUAAAAAUUUGCUAAGUGAUGUAUCUAAAAGAAAAUGUUUCAAAAUUGAGUUUGCUUUGCCUGAUCCUAGCAUGUAUAUUGUAGCACCACUUUUAGCUCCUGCCAAGAUGCAGCUCUCUUGCUAAGUUUUGCAACCUCGUCAAGCAUUGUCCAAACGCUUCCUUCACGAUCAUAAGAUCUAGAAACUCUUUCCCCCUUUUCAAAAAGGAAACUUAAGAGACUGUCCCGUGUCUUGCAGUCUGCUCCUCAUUCUGAGCAUGGAGCUAAAACUCGAGUGAGAGCCAUCAUCAGCAAAACGUUUUCUUCCUGCGAGGUUUUGGGGUGUCUCUUUCGAUCCACUGGUGCUGUUUCUGGCAUGGGUGAUCCGGUUGAUCCUGGCAGGUCCAUGUUGGAAAACUGUUUCCUGGAUGCCCCACAAGGUCAGUUUCUAUGUCACAAGGUGGCUGUGCCUGGUGAAAUAGCUUUUGCUGGUUAAAAAGUUGUACAAUCUCAAGGGCUGAAGAGUGCAAACUAUCCUCACCUCAGACAGGCAGCGUUGGGUCACUCAAGUCCCUUUUGGAGGCAGGAUGCUUAGAAAGAGCCUGUUCCAAAGGGGAAUAGCCCAUUCCAAGGUUGGCCUGUUUCAGGAUGAAAUAUUUUGCGCACCCCUGGCCAUGGCCAUUUUGUGUAUUACGUUGCACUGUGGGCAUCUAACAAAAUGGAGGCAGGUACACAGUAACAUCUCUGCCAUUUUGCAGAAGCACUGAUCUGCGCAUGAAACAAUUUUGUGAAGAGCAAAGCAGCUAAUAACGGAUAAAUGCUUUUUUCACAGAAGUGUUGAAAUUUGGGGAAAGACAUUGGGCACGCUGAAAUCGACGAAAUCUGAGAGGCGCAAAAUACAGAAAUUCCAAUUGUUGCCAUGGAAUUGUAGAGUGGUGGGUGUCCUCCUCUUUUUAAAGUAAAAGUUUCAAUUCUCUUUAUAAUACCUGGAAACAAACCUUGACAUGUCUUGGCAACUUAAGCUUAGGAAUUUAGUUUUUCUGGUUCUUUUGUUCUGUUUGUGAGUUGAAUGUAAAUAUACAGUCAUCUCUGUGAUGUUUUCAGUUCGAGGAUCUGUUUUUCUGGGUGGACAGCUUCAUCAUGGGUGGGAUAGAUCCAGAAGGUCCCUGCAGAAGACAAAUUGGCUUCUUGAAUUGGCUUGCCAAGAGUUCUCCUGAAAGUAAAAGAAUCAGGGAGGGGGAAAAAACACCCAACAUUGAAUAGGGUGGGUCUCAACUAAGUUACAAUUGAGAAAGCAAUCAGGUGUGAUCGUAUUUUGCUUCUGAACUAGAGCUGUGGCUGAAUUUGAUCAUGAAUUGAGCAGGAUCAAAUAUGAAAGGUUUGAAUUAUUUCAGGCUGUCUCCUGGAAGUUUGCACACGUGAAAACUGCUUUGAGGAGACAGUGUGUUGGGAGGAGAGAGACCUUUUCCGAUUCACUGCUGAGAGUUCUUUCUCCUCUUUUCCCAUCCUGUAGAUCAGGGUUUCUCAACCUUGGCGACUUUCAGGAGAGUGGAAUUCAACAUGGCUGGCUGGGGAAUUCUGAGAGUUGAAGUCCACCCAUCUGAAAGUUGCCAAGGUUGAGAAACCCUGCUGUAGCUGGUGGAAUAUUUAAGCCUUCCCAAGAUGAGAUGAUACGGUCUAGGACAGCGUUAACUGGCCUUAGGAGCAGUUGAGACUCCAAAACAAUUUUUUAGAAGAUUGUAGUCCACCAGGCUUUAAUCAUAUUGACAGCUUCACUCCCAGGGAGUGAGUUUGGCUAGUGGAGGGAAUCUUUCAGACGUGCAUUCCCUGGUGUGCCUCCCUCCACCGAGCCCAUUACCUCAUGGCAUAGGAGCGCGUGAUAUAUGAACAAGCGCAUGGACCAUUCAUGCACAGCCACAGAAUGAAAGAUGCUCAUUUUGGCUUGCUCGGUUGAUUCCAUCUGUUGGGAGUGGAAGAGAGAGGAGGUAGAACAGGCAAGAAAAGCGACUUCUAACUUCAUAGAUGAAGAAUGUCUUUUCAAAGGCACAACUCCAAAAUUUUAUAAAAUAUAUAUAUUUUUUAAUGUUGAUGGGUGUUCUUCCUGUGAUCCCGUACCUUUGGAAAAACAUUCUUUAGGUCUUGAAAACCAAAAGUAAACAUUCAGAGCACAUAAAAUGUUUUCAGAGAUUAUUUCAGAGGACCGGCUUAGUCCCUUACAGACAUACCAGCAUUUUUAAUAGCCUUAUAGUGUGGAAACCUUGAAUAUAAAAUAAAAGCUUGUGUGUAACCUUAGCUGGAAGAAGAAUGUAGAGAAAUGAACAAAAAUACUACAAUGCCUCUGUGUUUUGGGGGGGGGGGUUGUCUUCUCAAUGGUUGCAGAGCAAGGCCCAUAAUAUUCCUGCACCGUUGUCAAGCCUUUGUACAUGGUAUUGAAAUCAAAACUGGGAAAUUGAAACUCCCAAAAUCUACUCUUGAUACUGUUUCAAUACAGCUUCUAAUAUGUCCAGAAUGUGAAGUUUGCACAUAGGAAAGACAAAAUGAGAAUUAUGAGUGAUAUAUGUUGAUGUUCCUGCUACUUUAGAUGGCAGAAAUUCAGUGAAAACUAUAUAGUAAGGAAAUGUUUUCCUUUCGAUACUCCAUCAUACACACAGUAUCUGAUGCAGAACCUGAGGGUCUUCCAGAUGCAUGGACUUCAAUUUCCAGAAUUCUUGCAAAUGGCUUUUCUGACUGAGAAAUUUGGGAAUUGAAGUCCACCCAUCUGGAGGACCUUCAGGGUGGAGAAAGCUGACUCAAGUCUUUGACAUUCAUCCUGGCCCCUUAACAUCUCAGAAGAACAUUCAGUUCUUGUCAUUCUUCUCCAUGCAACAUUCCCAAAGUCCGUUAACCAUGCUGCUUAAAGAUGAGAGCCAAUUCCAGUGGCGUCUCAAGUGGGUCUUAAAAGGGAUGGUGGGGAAAAUGACAGGUGUGUGGCUCAAAAGAGUCUUACAGCAGGGUUUUCUGUCCCCUACACCUAGUUCACACUUAGCCAUUGGUAGAAGCUCCUUUCCAUUGGCUUCCCUACCUCUUUUGGUUGAAAGUCAGGAAUGGUUCAGAUGUGGCCGUUAUGUGAGAGAGAAAUGCCAGUGCGGGAAGGCCCUGGGCAGUUGGUGCCCAUCUGCUUCUUGACAUGAGGCCUUUGUGUGAUUGCUGGUCUCCUAAAAGGUGAUGAUUUAAUGAAGUGUUCAGAGUGUCCAUAAGUAAUCCAGCAGUCAAAACCUGGCAGUAAUCCGAAAAAAAUAAAAAUUAAUAACUAUAUAUGUGCAGGAGAUGAUAAUGGUUAUUAUUAUUACUAUUAUUAUAAAUGAUAAAAUUGCAGUGACAUUUAUUUCCAUGACUGCUCUGUUAAUGCUGGGACAACCUGUAGAUUGUGAUCCCUCUUGUUGCUGUAACUUUUCAGAUUGAUCCACCCAGGUUCAAUUUUCAGUAUGUUUCUCCAUCUUGAAAAGGCCUCCUCCCCAAAUUAGAUUUCCUUCUGACUUCUUGAGCCACACACACUUUUGACGCAACUCCUUGGGUCUCAGUAGUUCACAAAUGAGGAAUCGAUGCUGAGACCCCUUAACUUUGUUUUUCUCUCCUCUGAGCCCUGCUAAAUUAUUAUGAUGACUUCCGGUGCUUUUUUAUCAGGUCAACAUUUACGUUGGGGUAUGCCAAUGAGAUCUAGAACCUUGACACUUUAUAAUCACGACCCCCCCCCAAAUAAAUAAAUAAAAUGUACCUGUUUUUGCUCAAGUCCUGUGUAAAACUAUGUCUUUUUUAGUAAUCACUUUUUUUGGAGUGGUGAGAGGUUUCUUGAGAAGUGUCAUAAGGUGAUUUUUGCCUCCAGCCACAACAAGAAGGGAAAACUAAAAUAAAAGGCUUCACUGUUUUGUAUGAGA